AAACUUAGAUGCGUCCUUGAGUGUCUAAUUCUAUUUAUACGUUUUUGAGACGAUGGAAUUGACUUUGGUGCCUCAAAUGCAACAUUCAUAGAGAGAGAGAGAGAGAGCCUGCAAGUUUGCAUUCAUGGAUAGAGAAGAAAAUAAUGAAAUGGAUAUUGAUCUGUCACUGAAACUAGAUUCUAAAGAUGAAUCAAAAGAAGAUGAGCAAGUCCAAAAAGACGGUCUGAUAACUGCCCAAGACAAGAAAAAAGCAGAAGUAGAAGAAGUAGAUGAUGAAGCAUCAGUAGACAUGUCCUUGCAAGACAACUUCAAGACAGAAGAGUUAUCGGUGUUGCAGAUGGAGAUGAACCGGAUGAAAGAAGAGAACAAGGUGUUGAGAAAAGCUGUAGAUCAAACCAUGAAAAAUUACUAUAAUUUGCAGAUGAAAUUUGCGGUCAUCCAACAAAAUAACCAAAACAAGGAUCCUAAGAUCUUCCUAUCGCUUAACGGGAAUGAAAAUGCGAUUCAAGAGAUGAACAGAAGCCCAAGAGCUUUGGAUAUCAAUACCCAAACGCCGGAAUCACCAUCACAAGAAGAUGAUACCAGAGAAAGUCAUGAAUUAGGGUUAUCUUUGAGGCUUCAAACUUAUGAAAGUCAACAAGAAAGAGAAGAAGAAAAAGAAAAGAACAAGCAAAAUCAAGAUUUGACAAGGUUUGCACCAGUACAAAGUAACCUACCGUGCGGUGACUUGGCCGGAGUCACACAUGUUGCUUCUCCACCCAACAGAAAAGCAAGGGUUUCAGUUAGGGCAAGAUGCCAAACAGCUACAAUGAAUGAUGGUUGCCAAUGGAGAAAAUAUGGGCAAAAAAUUGCGAAAGGAAAUCCUUGUCCACGAGCCUACUAUCGAUGCACAGUAGCUCCAGGAUGUCCGGUUAGAAAACAGGUACAAAGGUGUUUGGAGGACAUGUCAAUACUCAUCACAACCUAUGAAGGAACCCAUAAUCAUCCACUCCCAGUGGGGGCCACAGCCAUGGCAUCAACAGCAUCCACAGCUGCAUCCUUUGUCUUAGUAGAUUCAAGCAAUCCUCAUUCAAAUGGCAUCACAAACUUCACUCAAUCACCAUCCUUCCCAUAUCAUAGCUCUCACAUGCUAAACUCAAUAUCCCCUUACACACCAAGUAUUAGAAACCUUAACCCUAAUGACCCUUCUAAAGGGAUUGUCCUUGACCUCACCAACAAUGCUUGUGACCCACAACACCAGCAAUACCCUGCGGCGGGUCCCUCAAGCUCAGCAGCUCAAUUAGGGUUUCCUUGGAUGCGUAGCUCACUAAGCAAUAAUCAUAGCGGUAAUGCUAUCAAUGCCAAUAAUCUUUUUUCGGGUACUAGAGGAGCGGAAGGAAACAAGUUGUUGGCCGAUAAUGUAACUGCAAUCGCUUCUGAUCCAAAGUUUAGGGUUGCAGUCGCGGCAGCAAUUUCAUCGCUCAUUAAUAAAGAAAACCAAAAGAAUCAUCCUAUGGGGAAUUCUUUAGGUCCUCCCAAGGAUGGGGAGGGUGGCGGUGGUGGUGGUGGUGUUGGAAGCUCUAGUAAGCAACAUUUGGGUUCUUGAAUCUCUUUUUGCAUGUGGAAAACUUAUGAAUGGUAGUUAACCAUGUUCAAAGACAUGUUGAUAGAUAUACAUAUGUAGAAUAUGUACUGUUUUUCGGAUUUGGAUUCCUGUUUGAGAACAUAAAUGUUGAAAUUGAAAUUGUUUUUCUAAUAUGUAAGAUAUUAUUUUACUUGUUUUU